AUGAGUCAAGAUAUAGAGCCUUCUGCCAAUGAUCUUUCUGUUUCGAAUAGAUUUGAAAUAGUCUUUUCUGACGAUGCACUUUUUGAAAUUCUUUCUUUCCAUGAUGAUUUUAAAUUUAUUGUAAUGAAUUGUGCACUUGUUUCAACACAGUGGAUGAAUGUCAUUAGGGAAAGAGUAAAACUACUUUCACUAACAUGUUCUAAUGCAAAAUUGUGGAAUUUCCAAACAAGGAAACUUGAAUUUUUACCAAAUAUUACAACUCUAACCGUUAAGAGGACAGUAAAAUAUAGUUUUUAUUAUGAACCUCUCAAAACAAUGAACCAAUUAACUAGUCUCAAUAUUAAUGGACAUUUUUUUUGUAAACAUGGAAUUCCACAACUUUGGAGAAUUAUUGAUGAAUUUAAACAAUUAACUAAUUUGAAUAUUGGAAACAAUAUUAUUGGAGAUAUAGGAGUUGCUCGUAUUAGUGAAAUGAAACAAUUGACUAGUCUGAAUGUUUGUAAUAAUGAUUUUAGUCAAGAAGGUGUUAAAUCUAUUAGUGGAUUGAACCAAUUAACACAACUAAAUAUAGUAAACAAUAGAAUUGGCUCAGAAGGAGUCAACCUUAUUUGUGGGAUGGUUCAAUUGACCUCCCUUAAUAUUGCAACCAAUUAUAUUGGUUUUGAGGGAGCUAAAUUAAUUAGUACUAGAAUGAAACAAUUGACAAUUCUCGAUAUUUACAAUAAUAAUAUUGGACAAGAAGGAGCAGAAUUCAUUAGUAAAAUGAAUCAAUUAACAAAACUAAAUAUUGGAAAGAAUAAUAUAGGUCAGCAGGGAGCCAAGUAUAUAAGUGAAAUGAAACAAUUAACCACUCUCAACAUUAGUCGUAGUCAUAUUGGUAGAAAGGGAGAAAAAUACAUUAGAGAAAUGAGACAUUUAACUUUUCUUGAUUUGGGAAUUCCCAAAAAGAUUUCAUCCAAAUCAAAAAACUACCAAACCAUGUUGUGA